AUGUCAGUCGCCAUGGCGCCGCGGUUUCUUGGCGCGAAGACGCACCUGGCUGUCCUGCUGACUGUUUUUCUCUUCUGCAUGACUGUGGCGAGCUGCAAAGAGGGCACUUCGCAGCGCGCGGUGCCUCCUGCGGACGUGCCGACCUGCACAGAGGCGUCUGUGAUCAGUUUUUUUCCUCCCCGUGGCGACGAGAGCAGAGCAACUUCCAAGGAAGGCGACGCUUCGAAAGAAGACGAGUCCACGAAGAAAGCCCGGCCUGUUAAAGUUCACUUCGCCUACGGCCGAGGACGCACGGCGCAGAAGAAGCCGAUGAAAGUGCAAAUCCCCGCGACUUUGGGAACGGGGUACACUCUCGUUGUGUUGGACGUCUAUCGAGGGCUCGACCUACCCGUGGACUUCCGCGAGGAAAUUCGGAAGAAACUCGGAGGCAAGAAGGACUCAGGCGCCCCAGCAGCUUCCUCACAGAAAGCUGAAAAGACUGCUGGAAAGACAGCAGAAACGACUGCGGAGAAGGCACGUGAAAAGACAGCAGAAACGACUGCGGAGAAGGCAAGUGAAAAGACAGCUGAAAAGACUGCGGAGAAGGCAAGUGAAAAGACAGCAGAAAAGACUGCGGAGAAGGCAGAUGAAAAGGGAACCACCGCGACAGACGAUGAGGAUCUCGAGGACGUUCUGUUCAUGAAAGUCUUUGCAGAAUCGACACGGAAGAACGGCCUCACCAUCUCUCCCCCCGAGAAAACAAUGCGUUCCCUUCCUUCGACUGUCGAGGGCGAGAAGGGAAGGCUGAGUCGGCAGGCUCUGUACGAGAGCGAAAUCGUCCCCGGCGAGGCAGGCGAUUUUUCAGUUGCCUUCGCCUACGUGAGGCCGUGGAAGCUGAGCGACGCGCCGGAGGUGUUCGUAGCCCUCGCCCACUUCGACUAG